AUGAAGGCAAUACUGCAGAGCUAUCCUCCACUUGGUCAAGUGACAGUGAUCAAUGAUGGCAAAUUGACUUUGACCUCAAUACUGGAAAUCUCCAGUGCCCGGAUUCAGGAGCCAUGGCAAGUCUCGCUGAGGGUUUCCGUAGAUAAAUCGAACUGGGAAGACAUACAGCUCAGCAGGGUAGCAGAUGGUCUCGAGCCUCCGCUCCUUCAUACCCCAGAUUCGUCAAGCUCAUUCGUGUAUUUCUCUCACCAGAUUGUGUUGAAAGAACGCUUACAGUUUACUUUGAGAUGUCGUCAAGCUGGAGACAAAUGUUGGCGCUGGGUUCGUGACGAAGGCCUCGCCGAUGGUAUUGUAUUGCUACCGCCCGCCGUAACAUCAUCAGACCGCUUGCAGCCAUGUAUUCCAGACUUGACUGCUGAAUGGGAGGUUACAUCUCAUGUCAGCCAAUCUCCUGGUACUCAAGUUUGGUCCUUGAACUGCUCUAUCCCAGGUUCAUCAGGACAAGCUUCAUCUUCCCGAAACAUCGGUCUUGGUACACCCUGGGGGUCCUUUCUGCGAUGGUUCGCGUUGGUACGCCACAGACCAUCCUGGUUAGGUCCUCGACAAGGCGAGUCAAACUUCGUCAUUGAUGAGGACGCCAUAUUGUGUUGUUUUUUGAGUUCAGAGGGGAAAACGAUGGCCUUGCUUGCUGUCAGUGGCGUUGGCGACUUGUCUGCCACGUUUCAGCAAGGUGAAGGAAACAGAGUCAGAGUUCAUGCUCGCAAUGACUCUCGAACCUCUGGAACGGUCACGGUGCUAGUGUCUGAAGGAAUCUGCUUUGACAAUGCUGUAGCUUCUGUUAUGUACGCCGCGAGGACCCUCGUAUCACCAUAUAACGCAACACAACAUCACCGUGUUGCCAGUCACGAGACGUACGGCCUGACUCUGUCCAGAUGGAAGGCAGAGUGGUAUGAUGGUCUGGGAUUCUGCACUUGGAACGCUUUGGGCCAGCAACUCUCAGAGGAAAAGCUUCUCUCGUCGGUUCAGAGACUGGCCGAAAACGGCAUACGCAUUGCAAAUCUGAUUAUUGACGACAACUGGCAGUCUCUUGAUCGCAAAGGCAGAGACCAGUCACAAUUUGGAUGGACCGACUUUGAAGCGGACAAAAAGGCAUUUCCAAAUGGCUUGCGCGGCUUAGUAACUCGUGUUCGAGCUUUACAUCCAGAUAUUCAGAGUAUAUUUGUAUGGCAUGCGCUGCUAGGCUAUUGGGGAGGUAUUUCGCCAGUGGGUGCCAUUGCGAAAACCUACAAAACAGUUACCGUGACGCAAGAAAACGCUAGCCAACCUGACAUCACGGUUGUUGCCAAAAAAGAUCUGUCACGAUUCUAUGAUGAGUUUUACGCUUCUCUAGCCCAGUCAGGGAUUGACGGCGUAAAAACGGACGCCCAAGUCAUGGUUGAUUUAUUGACGGCGGCAUCUGAUCGCCGAGACCUGGUGUCCGGGUAUCUCGAUGUGUGGACAAAGGCAUCGCAGAAGCAUUUCGGAUCACGGGUGAUUGCCUGCAUGUCGCAAUUCCCUCGGGCAUUAUUUCACCCCCGGUUGCUCCAGAGUGGUCAAGACUCGACCAUGCGGAAUUCAGACGAUUACUUCCCCAACGAGCCAGAUUCUCACACCUGGCACGUUUGGGCUAAUGGCCACAACGCCAUCGUCGCUCGAUUUCUGAAUGCCAUCCCCGACUGGGACAUGUUCCAGACCAUGCACGAGUACUCCGAGUUUCACGCAGCUGCUCGAUGCGUGAGUGGCGGUCCGAUUUAUAUAACGGAUGUCCCCGGAGAACACAACCUGCCUCUAAUAGGACAAAUGACUGCUACAACACCACUGGGGCAAACAAUCAUUCUUAGACCGAGCUCCGUGGGACGAUCAAUUCAUGCAUAUAAUCAGUACGGGAUUGGUUCGCUUCUGAAGAUUGGUAGCUAUAACGGGUCAUCGCAGACGGGUACAGGCAUUCUCGGCAUUUUCAAUGUCUCAUCACGGCACAUGAAUGAGCUCAUACCUCUGGACAGCUUUCCUGGAGUGACACCGUCCACGCACUACGUGAUUCGGGCGCACACGACUUGCAAAACCUCGGCUCCCAUGGCCAUGAAUAGGCCGGCUCCUUUGGUUGCCGUUUCCUUGGAUGUGCGAGGAUAUGAUGUUUUGUGUUCUUUUCCUGUGAGUCGCUACGAAGGCAAUAGCUUCAUAAGUGGGUACGCUGGAGUAUUCGGCUUAACCGGAAAAAUGACGGGAUGCGCGGCAAUAACAUCGAGCCAAGUAGUCCAGUCCAUGGCUGGUGAAGUCUGGGUGAAGUGUUCCCUCAAAGCGCUGGGUACUCUUGGUAUAUAUAUCUCGACACUCCCGCUCUUGAAGAUUGAAGAUGAUUUUAUGGUUUCAGUUGAAGACAGGCCGGUGCCUUUCGAGACAGUCAGUCGAAGCCACGCCAACGAUCGGGUUAUCGAAGUAGACAUUGAGAAGGCCUGGAGGAUGAUGGAAGCCCCUGGUUCGCGGUACAAUGAGAUACACGUCAAGGUUUGCUUCCAUGCUUAA